UCAUCUUCCUCCUCUGCGGUUAUUCUUCCAAACCGGUGUUAAACGAGUCGCCUUUAUUUUAACUUGUCACUGAGUGAACUCAGCCCUGAUCCUGGGCCAUGGUGGACCUGACCGAACCCGGCGUCCUGUCCCCCGGGCAGAGCAGACACGGACCGGGCUCCGGGUCCUGGAAUAACGGCAAGAGACCGUCGAAAAAGUCACGAACGAGGAGAGGCAAACGAGGCCGGAGGAGACGGAAUAAAAAGAAUAACCGAAAUAAAACCCCGCCGCCGUAUCUCCCGCCCGAGGCAGAAGAAGGAAACAUUGAGUAUAAGCUGAAGCUAGUCAACCCCACUCAGUAUCGCUUUGAGCAUCUGGCCACCCAGCUGAAGUGGCGUCUGCAGGAGGGCUGCGGUGAGGCCGUCUACCAGAUCGGCGUGGAAGACAACGGCCUGCUGGUCGGCCUAACGGAGGCUGACAUGAAGGCUUCGCUCAAGACCUUAAAGAGGAUGGCAGAGAAAGUUGGUGCUGAUAUCACACUCCUGAGAGAGAGGGAGCUGGACUUCAACUUGGUCAGAACCACACGGAAGAUUGCAGAAGUCCUUGUUCGAAAAGUUCCAGAUGAUCAGCAGUUCCUGGACCUGCGUGUGGCAGUUCUGGGGAACGUGGACUCUGGGAAGUCGACUCUGCUGGGUGUCCUGACUCAGGGGGAGCUGGAUAAUGGUCGUGGCCGUGCCCGCCUCAACCUCUUCAGGCAUCUGCAUGAGAUCCAGACUGGAAGAACCUCCAGCAUCAGCUUUGAGAUCCUGGGCUUCAACAGUAAAGGGGAGGUGGUGAACUACAGCGAGUCACGCACGGCGGAGGAGAUCUGUGAGAGCUCCUCCAAGAUGAUCACAUUCAUCGACCUCGCAGGACACCACAAGUACCUGAAAACCACCAUCUUUGGGCUCACAAGUUACUGCCCCGACUUCGCCAUGCUGGUAGUGAGCGCCAACACCGGUGUAGCUAGCCUUUUCUCCGCGUGCCUUCUGUGUCCAGCUGGUACCACACGGGAACACCUGGGCCUGGCCAUGGCGCUGAAAGUUCCCAUCUUCAUUGUGGUCAGUAAAGUGGACUUGUGUUCCGCCGGCACUGUGGAGCGAACGGUCCGGCAGCUGGAGCGGGUCCUGAAACAGCCGGGCUGCAACAAGGUGCCCAUGAUGGUCACCAACCCAGAUGAUGCUGUUACUGCUGCACAGCAGUUUACACAGUCUACGAGCGUGACUCCGGUGUUUGCCGUGUCCAGUGUCUCUGGAGCAAGUCUGGACCUGCUGAAGGUUUUCCUGAACAUUCUUCCUCCGCUGAGUAACAGCAAAGAGCAGGAGGAACUGAUGCAGCAGCUCACAGAGUUCCAGGUGGAUGAGAUCUACUCGGUGCCUGAUGUUGGGACUGUGGUUGGGGGAACCCUCUACAGUGGCGUGUGCCGUGAGGGGGAGAGGCUGGUGGUCGGUCCGACUGACGAGGGUCGUUUUCUGCGUCUGAAGGUCGGCAGCAUCCAGAGGAACCGUUCUGCUUGCAGGGUGCUGAGGGCCGGCCAGGCUGCAACGCUGGCACUGGGAAACUUCGACCGCUCCCUUCUACGAAAGGGUAUGGUCAUGGUUAGUCCCAAAAUGAACCCCAACAUCUGCUGUCAGUUUGAAGCUGCCAUCGUCCUACUCUUCCACGCCAAGACCUUCCGCCGGGGGUCACAGGUCACCAUACAUGUUGGGAACGUCAGACAGACGGCCACUGUGGAGUGUCUUCAUGGAAAGGAGGAGCUGCGGACUGGUGAAAGAGCCGUCGUUCGCUUCCGCUUCAUCAAACACCCUGAGUACCUCCGACUGGGCGCCAAGCUGCUCUUCAGGGAGGGCGUCACCAAAGGCAUCGGCCACGUCGCUCGCCUGCUGCCCACCUCCCAGAACCACGACCAGAACCACAACCAGAACCUGAACCUGAGAGAAGACAGCUUCUUCUGUCCUCCAUCUCAGGAGCGGCAGACGCGUCGUUGAGCCUCCGUGAGCGCGCUGCGUGUCUGGACGCUGUCGGAGCAUCACUGGGUUUGAGUUCUUAUAAUCUUCGCGUGUCAGUGUCUGUAGCAUCAUCCUGUCUGAAAUCCUCCUCCCAGCAGCUCCAUCUCCUGCUGGCUUCGUGACCCGCCACAUGCCUGGCGUUAAAGCGGUUGACCUCUUGACCUCUGUGCGUUCGGGGUCUGAUAGCGGUCUGUGGAUUGAUGGAUGAUGCGCUCUGUUACUGAGGGAGGGAUUUAAGGUGGCGAAUUGCUUCAGUCUCAGGUUGGAGAGAGCUGAUGAUGGAUUCCUCUAGCUCCUCCUCCUGCUCCGCCUCCCGCUCAUCCCAGCCAGUCCUUCACAUUCUUCAGCAUGUUCAGGCUGGAUAUCAAAUCUGAAUUUUUCAUAACAUCCUGAGGACUUCUUGAUUCAUCAUAUUUUGACAUUUUAAACAUGAACCCUGAAAUGAUGCAUAUUAAAUUAUUUCCUGGAGCGUGCACGGUGGCGGUUUGGGAUAAAUCGUGUACUCCCAUGUCUGUGAGCUGAAAAGCUUCGUCCAAAAACAAGCAGAUUAUGCUCCAGUUUCACAGUUGGAGCUCACUUAGCCGUUGUACUGAGAUGAACUUGAGCCUUUAACCGUUCAGAGUCCGUCAGUAAAGGACUCAGAUUUUAAAUCAGUCGCAAGUCGACUAAGGCUGAGGCUGCAGAGGCUGUUUCUGUUUUUAAACCCCGCCCCCUGCGUUUAUUUUGCACUUUAUUCUGUUCCAGUGUCACAAACGCGUCAUUGGGAGGAUUUGAUUUGGCGUUACUUUUUUAUUCACCAUAAACUGAAAUGACUUUUCCGCCAGAUGCCCUCAGAGUGACGCGGUUUGUCUUCAUGAUCACAUCCUCCAGCAGCAUUCUGGGACUUCCUGGCACCUUAUGACCUCAGUCACGUUGUUGUCAAAUGAUCUGUGUCACUGCUUCUCUGCUAAUUAUCGUUAAUCAUGAAGGGUUUAAGUUUGUGUCAGAAAAUAAAAUUUCCUCAAGUUUCAAAGAAAAAAACUUUAAAAAUCUUAAAACAGUAAAAAUCAUGAAGCAGUGAUUCCAAAUAAUUAUCAGACGUGAAUCUGCAGAGACACUGAACCGUCAUUAAACUCUGAAUAUUUGGACUCACGUUUUGUUUUUGUAGUCAUUAGGAGGAAACAACACUUAAGAAGAUAUGAAAGUGUUUUUGAGCAGGUGUGUGUCUGAGC